AUGCCAAAUAGGACUUAUGUAACGGCAGAGGAGAAGACGAUGCCAGGUCAGAAACCCACAAAGGAUAACUUAACUCUAGCACUUUGCGCCAAUGCGAGUGGCGACUGCAAAAUCAAGCCUCUGCUAGUAUACCAUUCGGAAAAUUCCAGAGCCUUUAAGUCACAUAAGAUUUUAAAAGAAAAACUGCAAGUUAUGUGGAGAGCAAAUCCAAAGGUGUGGGUCAACAGGAAAUUCUUUGUGGAGUGGAUAAACCUGGUGUUUGGCCCUUCUGUUAAAAAAUAUCUACAGAAAAACAACCUACCCAUAGUUCAAGUUUAUAAACCUACCUACCUACCACCUAACACCACUCCUAUCCAGCAGCCCAUGGAUCAGCAGGUAAUUUCUAAUUUUAAGAAGUUGUACACCAAGCACAUUUUUCGGUGCUGCUUUGAGGUGAUGGAGAACACAAACCUUACCCUUCGAGAGUUCUGGAAAAACAACUUUAACAUCAUGAUAUGCCUAAGAAUUAUUCAUCAGGCCUGGCUGGGUGUUACAAUGAGGACCUUAACCUCUGCAUGGAAGAAGCUGUGGCCUGAGACUGUAGCUGAAAGGGCCUUCAAAGGAUUGGAACCUGAAGUGUCAGUGGUAGAGGAGACUGUUUCUCUGGGAAAAUCCAUGGGUCUGGAGGUGGAUGAAAGAGAUGUGAACGAACUCAUCGAGGAACAGUCUCAAGGGCUGACAACCAAGGAGUUUCAUGAUCUACAUUCACAGCAGCAUACAGUGAUUCAAUGA